AGAGACACCUUGAACUACCAUCCUGUCUUCUAGUAAGCACCUAACCAUGUCCCUAGCUGAGGCCAUCAGGCUCUGGAAUGAGGGGGUGCAGGCAGCCGACAAGAAGGACUGGAAGGGUGCCUUGGAGGCCUUCAGCGAGGUGCAGGACCCCCACUCGAGGAUUUGCUUCAACAUAGGCUGCAUGUACACCAUCCUGGACAACCUGCAGGAGGCUGAGCAGGCCUUCACCAAAAGCAUCAACAGAGACAAGCACUUGGCAGUGGCUUACUUCCAGCGAGGAAUGCUCUACUACAGCAUGGAGAAAUAUGACCUUGCUAUCAAAGACCUUAAAGAGGCCUUGACUCAGCUUCGAGGGAAUCAGCUGAUAGACUACAAGAUCCUGGGGCUGCAGUUCAAGCUGUUUGCCUGUGAGGUGUUGUAUAACAUCGCUCUCAUGCAUGCCAAGAAAGAGGAAUGGAAAAAAGCAGAAGAGCAGUUAGCAUUGGCAACAAACAUGAAGUCUGAGCCCAGGCAUUCCAAGAUUGACAAGGCCAUGGAAAGCAUCUGGAAGCAGAAGCUGUUCGAGCCGGUGGUGAUCCCUGUGGGUAGGCUGUUCCGUCCAAAUGAGAGGCAGGUGGCUCAGCUGGCCAAGAAGGACUAUCUGGGCAAGGCUACGGUUGUAGCCUCUGUGGUUCACCAAGACAAUUUUUCUGGCUUCGCCCCUCUGCAGCCACAGUCAGCAGAGCCUCCGCCCAGACCCAAAACCCCAGAGAUCUUCAGGGCUCUGGAAGGCGAGGCACAUCGUGUGUUGUUUGGCUUUGUGCCGGAGACGCCGGAAGAACUACAGGUCAUGCCCGGGAACAUCGUCUUUGUCUUGAAGAAGGGCAGUGAUAACUGGGCCACCGUCAUGUUCAACGGACAGAAGGGGCUUGUCCCUUGCAACUACCUGGAGCCCGUUGAGCUUCGAAUUCACCCUCAGUCGCAGCCUCAGGAAGAUACCUCCCUGGAAUCCGAUAUUCCACCACCUCCUAACUCUAGUCCCCCAGAAAGACUCCAGUUGUCACCAGGUCACAAGCAAAAAGAAGAGCCUAAGGAAGUGAAGCGCAGCGUGCCCAUGCCUUACAUGCUCAAGGUGCAUUACAAAUACACAGUGGUCAUGGAGACUCAGCUUGGCCUCCCCUACAGCCAGCUUCGGAACAUGGUGUCUAAGAAGCUGGAGCUCUUGCCAGAACACACUAAACUGAGCUACCAGCGUCGGGACAGCCCGGAGCUGCUGCUCCUGUCAGAAGAAAGCAUGAAGGAUGCCUGGGCCCAAGUGAAAAACUACUGCCUGACCCUCUGGUGUGAGCACACAGUGGGUGAUCAAGGUUUUGUAGAUGAACCCAAGGAAAAGGAAAACUCUGAUGCCGAUAACCGGACAACAGAGCCUCAGCCUAAGGAAGGGACCCAGGUGGUAGCGAUCUUCAGUUAUGAUGCUACCCAGCCAGAAGACCUGGAGUUUGUGGAAGGAGAUGUGAUCUUGGUGCUAUCACAUGUGAAUGAAGAAUGGCUGGAAGGGGAGUGUAAAGGGAAAAUUGGCAUUUUCCCUAAAGCUUUUGUUGAAGGAUGUGCAGCCAAGAAUUUGGAAGGCACUCCCAGAGAAGUAUAGGAUGCUCUACAAUCUAUGAAGCUGAAGAAAAGGGUGGUUUUUUGUUUUGUUUUG